UGAUUGAGCGGAGUAUGUUUAUAUUUCUUGGUAAAUUAUAUGAUAAAGUAAUUGAAAUUUGUAUGAAAUUCUGAAUGAGAGAAGUAAAUGACAUUUUUAUGUUGUCAACAGACAACGUUACGGACACAGUAUCAACAAAAAUGGUGUCGCUAUCAGAUAUACUGCCACCGGUCAGUGCACCCAUAUGGGACCGUGAAAGCGAGGACCGAAGGCGACGUAAUCAGCAAGCACAGUUGCAGCAGCAGGCUUUGGUUACAGCAUCUCGAGCAGCUCCUCCCUAUGGCCAUAGGAAAGGAUGGAUACCACGAUCUCAAGAGGAUUUUGGCGAUGGAGGGGCAUUUCCAGAAUGCCAAGUUGCUCAGUACCCAUUAGGGAUGGGUAAAGGGGGAGCCAGUGGAGGUGGGAGUGGAGGGUCAACAUCUAAUGCCUUAGCUGUGCAGUUGGAUGAAAAAGGAAAAGUGAAGUAUGACGUCUUAGCUCGGCAGGGACAUGGAAAAGAUAAGAUUGUUUACUCAAAGUUAACAGACCUUUUACCAUCUGCCAUUACAUCAGAAGAUGAUCCAGAGCUACAGAGACCUACUUUAGAAGAAAUAGAAGAUACAACAGAGAAAACAAGACAAGCUUUAGAAAAGCUUACCCAGGGUAAAAUUUCUUCAGCCAUGCCUGUAAGAUGUGCUGAAAAACAAGCUCCAGCACAGUAUAUUCGUUACACACCUUCUCAACAAGGAGUUUCUUUCAACUCUGGGGCAACACAGAGGGUCAUCAGAAUGGUUGAACAGCCAAAGGAUCCCAUGGAACCUCCAAAAUUCAAAAUUAAUAAGAAAGUGCCCCGUGGCCCACCAUCUCCACCAGCUCCUGUUAUGCAUUCGCCGACCAGAAAGGUCACAGUCAAAGAGCAACAAGAGUGGAGAAUCCCACCUUGUGUUAGUAAUUGGAAAAAUGCCAAGGGUUAUACAAUUCCUCUAGAUAAACGUCUGGCUGCUGAUGGUAGAGGUCUACAAUCUGUUCAUAUUAAUGAAAAAUUUGCAAAGCUGUCUGAAGCCCUGUAUAUUGCUGAUAGAAAAGCCAGAGAACAGGUGGAAAUGAGAGCUCAGCUAGAAAAGAAGAUGGCACAGAAGGAAAAAGUUAGGAAGGAGGAAUCCCUCAAGGUACUUGCUAAGAAAGCAAGAGAAGAACAUGCAGGAUUGCGACCAGCAACAGCAGGAGCAGAUGAGGCUGAAAAAGAGAGAGAAAAAUUACGCCUCGAUCGAGCAAGGGACCGUAAGCGUGAGAAUGCUAUUGCAAAUUCUUCAGCAGAAAGACGUGGCAAAUUGGCCAACCGUGAGCGUGAUGUCACAGAACAGAUUGCUCUUGGCUUGCCUCAGAAAACAGCUGGUGGUGGAGAGGCCCAGUUUGAUCAGAGGUUAUUCAAUCAGUCCCGUGGGAUGGAUUCUGGAUUUGGAGAUGAUGAAGCUUAUAAUGUAUAUGACAGGCCUUGGCAACAGGGUAGCAACAUUAGCUCCAACAUUUAUAGACCAACAAGGAAUGCUGAAAGUGAAUAUGCUGCUGAUCUUGACCAGCUUUUAUCCACUGCUCGUUUUGUACCAGACAGAGGUUUUUCAGGAGCAGACACAGGUGCAAGUCGCUCUGGUCCAGUAGAGUUCCAACGAUCAGGUGUUGGUGAUGAGAAAGAUGAUGAUGACUUGUUUGGUGUCAUUGGACUUCUGUCAGAAGCUAAGAAAGCGACCAAGAGAAAUCCAGAUGGAGAUGAUCGUGGAAGAGAUGACAGAGAUAAAAGAAGGAAAAGAGAUUGAGGAUUUUCCAGAUUUAAGAUUUGUAUAGGGUUGAUUGAUAUUAAGUUUUUGUAAACAAUAAAGUUUAUUUUCUAGGAGUAGCCAUUUUAACACAUAGGACCAUUCCUUUUUUUGUUUUCUACAGAAAUGACCAGCCUACUUUUGGGAGAGUGAUAGAUGUUAUUCCGUUAUGAAGUGAGUUUUCAGAUCUGGAUAGAGUGUAGGCAAGUCUUGUAAGACAUACAUAAGGGAAGAGGUUUAUUAUGUGUUAUUAGCAGGGUGUAUUUCUUAAAAAUCUGGAAUGGCAGUUGAAUAACCCAAAGCUUGGAAAAUGGUACUCCUGUCCUAAUAUAUCACACCAGUGUAAAAGUUGUCUGUGAAAGGACAAUCUUAUUGAAUAGCAUGUACAUUUGAUUGAUAUAGGAAGGCUAGCCGGAAGGUUAGCGGCCAAGUAAACAGCUUGAAAUAGUUGGAACAUGGAGAACCUAUUUGUUAAAAGCUGUUAGAUAAAGGAAUCAAGAAGUUAGGGUAGUGCUGUAAAGGUGCCAAUAAAUUUCAUCUUAUCUCUUUGGUAGAAACUCGAGAAAUUGACUUGGACUUUUCAAUUGUAGAGCUUAGCCAUUUUAAGGUUGAUGGAUUUUGAUUGUGAUUGAAUCAGUAUGUUUUACCAUCUGGUUUGUUUAAUGAUCAUAAAUUCAUCAACAGUUGCUUUGAUGGUAUAUUCCAAUGAACAUUUAUGUCCAGAUCUGAUUCCAAAGUAAGGGAAGCACUAAAAUUUGAAAAUUAAUAGGAACUAUUAUUUGAAUUUCUUUAUAUUUUUUAUUUUACCAGAGAAAUCAGUGGAAAACCUUACAAACUAACAGUUCCAGCCUCAUGGUAGAUUUUUCCCUUCAUGGCAUGUGCCCAAACAACCUUAGGCUUUGCAAUAUCAGUUUGUUUCAUCCUCUAGACAGUGUAUAUCUCAACAACUUUGUACGUAUAAUAUCUCGAUUCAUGUCUGGUAUAAAUCUUAGCAUUCAUAGUUACACCUGUUCAGAAUCACCAGUUUGUUUGUUUGUGGUGGUUUUUUUUUUUUUGUUUGUUUGUUUGUUUGUAGGUGCUCAUUUUUCUGUUCAGUGAUUGAAGAAGCUUGUUUACUAAUACUGUACUUUCAAAUGUCUCCAGGUUGUUGAUCUUUAUUUUCAUUUGUCAUGAUGCCUCUCAGUACCCUCUUCAUAGUAGUACGUAUAGUGUUCUUCCAAGGCAAUCUAGUCAUAACAAUACUUCUAUGAUCAUUUCUGUCAUUAAGGCAAAAUUGGGUGCGUUGGUGUUAACCAUCAUUAUCAUCCUUUCUUUCGUACUUUCUCCAGUGCUUUAAUUACAUGCUUCUCUAUCAUAUUUUUCAUGGAUCUUUUCCACCUAUUUCUCAAAGGCGUAUCCGAAUCCUAACCCCUUUGGAUAUUACGUUGGUCACUUUACCCUGUCAGCAUAAUCCAGUUCAUAUUUAUUUUCUUUGUUUAGAACAUUUUUGUAGAAAUGCCUCUAUUUUCCUCUCUUCUACUUGAAUUUUUCUCAUUUUAUCUUUAUAUUCUUUGUCUUUUUAUAUCUUUUCUGUUUCAUCAGCCACUUUGAUAUCGCAUUUGCAAUCUUCCUUCUGUGUUGAGAUCAUGAUUUGUUACAUUUUUAUUUUUCUCCUCAUCACCUACCUGCUAGACCCUUCUUUUCUCAUUAUAUUCUUGUGCUCUUCCUUGCCGACCUCUGCCUAUAUUGAAUGCCAUUUGCACAUUUUCUCUUUCUCUUUCUAGUCUUCUCUUAUUCUAGUUACAUUAGUUCAGUGUAUUGCAGCUUGUUUUAUUUAAGCAUGGUGUAACAGUGAAAUAAUAUUCUUCCUUUUUACAUUGUAAAUUUUGCUGUAAUAAAAUCAUGUUUUCAAGUUUUGUCUGGGCUUCUUGGACUUUAUUUAUCAUAUCUAAGCCUUGGCAAAACUCCUAUAUUUAUUUCAUGGUUUCUCAUUCUACUCUGUUUUCUACUGUUUAAUAUUUAGAUGUGUCCAUUUUAAGUUUCUUCCAAAUUCAUCCUGACUGUCACGCCAAUCACUGUAUCUGUUAACUUCUUUGCUUACCAUAUUCAUUAUCCUGUCAUUUAUUCACCUAACUAAUGUCACAUUUUCAACUAUUUAGUAUUCUAUGCUUGCUUCAUUUUGUCUUGCCCCACCUACACUCACCAGAAGUCCACAUGUUCACAAUUCUUCUUCUAAGCAUUUCUACAGCCUUUGCAUUCAUUCCUGCUAUUAUUCCAUCUUAAAUUGUCCUAAUGUUAUACCCUGUAAUUGUGCCAACAAAAGCACCUUGCAAACAAUAAGGUGGUUAUUGACAUCUUGAACUGAGUAUUUAUACAGAUGUGUAAAAUGGUUACUUUAUAUACACUGUACUGGAAAUGUAAAUGGAAAUAUUGUACAUAUUACUGCAAUUUGUCUAGUUCUACAUUUCUAGAUCAGGAUUAUGAAAAGGGUUUAAUUUCACGAUAUAUUAUUCUAUCCCAGUGGUAGUGAAAUUUAUCCAGAUGUUCUUGUGUCCAAAGUUCAUACAUUUCCACAAGUGUGGAACUUGUUUGUUUAAAGUAAAAUCCCAUACUCAUCAAUAACUUUUAUUGUGUUUUUAAUUAUGGGGCCAAGAGGGAUUUGGCUGGUAGUUGGAAGAGAUUAUGUAUCAGUUCAGAUUUUGAAAAAUUAAUUUCAAAUUUAAUAGCCAGUUGAAUUUAAAAUACUAUGCUUCAAAUGUUUCCAGAUUGUCAGGGAUUUUGAUAUGUUAGUUCCAGAGCAUGUACUGUAAUUUUUGUUUUCAUUAUGUUUGUUUUUGGUUUAUUGUUAAUUCUGCCUAUAAUGUGAGCGUCAAGCUUGAACGUAUAUAGUUGGUCAUUUCAGUAACUAAUGCAAGAUAAUUGUAGCUGUGUAAGACAGUUAUUGGAAUUCAAAUAGGAUUAUUCCUUGCUUCUGUAAAAGAGAAAGUUUUUCAAAAAAUUUUAUAUUUUAUUUUCACAGGACUUGUUUUGUGAAUCUAGAUGUAUCUGCCAUCUUUGCCAGUAAUAUUUUAUUCAUUUAUAAAAUGAUUAUUGGGGUCUUUUAGAAGUCCAUGGUUUUUUAAGUGUGUCAUGUCAGUGAACAGGUCCCUUAUCCACAAUUAUUUGAAGGUGGAUGCUUUUUAAGUAUAGAGUACCUGUCCUUUUUAUUAAUUUUAUGUACUUGGGCUGGACAGAUUGGUAUAUUAUGAUUAUUAUUAUUAUUAAAAAUUUUCAUGCAUCUUGACCAGACUGCAUAGUUAAAAUACAUUACUCAAAUGGACGGUCGUUAAAGUUACCUUUCCAUUAUUUGGUAAAAUCAGGUAAUUAAGUAUAUCUUCCCCAAUUACACAAAUAUUAUCUUUAGGUUACUGUAGUGGCAGUAAUCUCCACUAUCUGUGAGAUCAAAAUCAUGAAGUCAUGUCAGUAGAAAGUACAAGGAAGAGGAGUCUCCUUGUUGUUGAAGGCAAUUAGUAGUGGUGGUUGAAUCUGUUCAGCUUUUCAUAAAGAUCUAACAGCAGGCUACAUUGCUUUUACUGUCAUCGGUAUUACACUUGUCAUCGUCUCCACAGCUUACCCAAAAAUGUGGAAAUUUCAAAUUAUUAAAGUGAAAGAAGAAGAACAGCAAUAAUUUUAAUUAACCUCUUAGAAUUAUAUGAUUUUAUAUCCCAUCUGAAGGUAAUGGUACUUUAUGUUGUAAUGUAUUAAGAAUCCCCUGUAUUUUAAAAAUUGUGUAUUCCCUGUGUUGGUAGGUACAGCCAAUUCAGACUGUAUUACAUUAGGGUACUUGAAAUGUUUUGUAAUUAUUUCAUAAAUUGCACAACAACUGUGUUAUUUGGUAAAUCUUUAGUUGUUUCUUAUUAUUAUUGACUGAAUUUUUUGUGAAACAUAUUCAUGCAUUUUUGUCCUUGUAAAUGUUUUUGCUGUACAAGUAUUGUUCAACAUUGUGUAUUUUUAAAUACUUGUCUCUUGUUAGAACCCCUAUAAAAAUCUUGGUGAAUAGUUUGUGAGCAAAAUUUGAAUGCUGAUGAUGCCAAACAUGAACCAGGUGUAAUAUAAGGAGUAUCCUGAGAAGGAAAUUUAACCUAAAAAAAGGCUGUUAAGAUCUUAGUGUUCUCCCAGGAAUGCAGCCUGUAUGAAAGGAAGAAUAUUUUAUUGCGAUUUUUUUUUUCAUUCUUACACUGCUUGUGAGUUAACGUUACAUUGUUUGGGAGGUUAGCAUAGACAUUAGUACAAAUAAUUUGAAACAAUGCAAUUUCGCAUCUGCGUCUAGAGAUAUACAUGAAAGGUCAGAGUUUAAAGAACCUUGUGAGGUACAUGGAGGAGCAAAAAGUAACUAAAAUGUUUUAAGUCAUGUGAACUGAAGAUUCUUAGGCGGGGUAUUCAUGCAUAGGUUUACCUGUCAGAGUCCCUGUCAGUUCAGUUCAACGAAACUGACGUUAAAACAUACGUGUGGGUGACAGUUUGUGGGUGGAGUCAGUCCACUCACCAAAACUGAUGAACUGGUGGAAUUGCCUAAAGUUCUUUGGACGGACUGACAGGUGAUCGCACGUGUGGACGAGUAACCAACGAUUUUAUGACUGUUUGCUGCUGGAUUUCGCCUGGGAAGGAUCUCAGUCACUCCGACCAGAAUAUUAAUAAACCAUGUAUAGGCCUAAUUAAUUUCAUUGUUAGACUCUGUAGUGCUAUUUGUAGACCUUUGUGAGUCCAAAUCAUAUAAUAAAUAAAAACCAUUUCCGUGUGAUAAAUACUACAAUUUGGUAUAGGCCUAGGCCAGUGUCCUACCUUUUUACGAAAAGUGUUGGUAGUGAAAGCAGGCUUCACUUACGUUUCAUAUAUACUAGACCAACCCCCAGGUCGAGCUCAGUGGCUUGGUUGGUAUGGUGUUGGUGUGCCACCUUGGUGGCCGUGAGUUCGAUUCUCGAGCAUUCCAGUGAGGAGUGAGAGAUGUGUAUUUCUGGUGAUAGAAGUUCACUCAACGUGUUCGGAAGUCACGUAAAGCUGUUGGUCCCGUUGCUGAAUAACCACUGGUUUCAUGCAAUGUAAAAACACCAUACAAACAAACAACCCUCAGUUCUAAUUUAACCUUAUUCAUCAAUAAUUCUAUGAGAAUAGACACUUUAAAAAUUAAUAUUUAGACAGUACUCUGUUACGCCUUUUUGCUUCUCCUGUUUUUAAGUGAAUUGGCGCAGCAGCUAGUCGAUGUAGCUCCAACUCAUUAUCAGCCAGCGGAGUUUCCAUCUCUGCCAUAUAGUGUUGCCACGACAAAGGCUAGACGAGAAUUGAGGGAAAUGACCUUGAGUCCACGGUUGACUGCCCUAUUGACAGUUCUACUGUGUGUGGACACACUUCCGUCGAACGGUUGUGGGUAGACUGACAGGUAAACCUGUGUGUGAAUACCCGGCCUUGGAUGGCAAAUGCCUGUUUGAAAGUAAAGGAAAAAUGCUAAUGAUUACCGAAUUGCAAAUAUUUCGUACUGAUCACUGAGCAAAUGAAAGUUGCCUUAUUAAAAAAAUGAGAAGUUUUCCAUCAUUUUAUUACACUUAUCUUGUAAACUGUCAUUUGUGCCUGAAGUGUUUUCUUCCAUUUAUUUCUAUCCUAACUGCUGUAAUGUAUUUGAUAGGAAGAGCAAGGUGAAUAUCUAUUUAGAAGUACGUGUGAAGAUAGUAUUUAUCUUCAAUUUUUAUUAUUAAAUAUUAAUUAGAGGGGAGAAAGAAGUGGAUCAUCAUUUGUAUAGUGUGCAUUGUAAGAAUGUCUGAGUUGCAAUAAAUCUUAUUUGUAUAA